AUGGCAGACGCAGACGAAAAGGAGCGCCAGAAGCAGGAGAAGCUUGCCGCCGCGAGGAAGCGCGUCGAGCAAAUGAAGAAGAAGAAGAAGAAGGAUGCGUCUUCUACAAAGGCAGAGCCCAAGGGUGAAGCAGAGGCAUCCGCUGCCGACGCUGUUGAGGACACCCCAGAGCAAACACAGCAGACGACAGAUGACAGCGCCAUCGCAGACGACAAGGCUACCGAAGAUGACAAGGCAGUCGAAGAACCCAAAGUCGAAGAAGAAGCAAAGUCUGAGGAAGAACCCAAGGCCGAGGAAGAACCUUCAGAAAAAGCUGUCGAGUCGCCCCCCUCCUCCGACACACCAUCCCUUGCGCAACAAUCAAAGCUCAGGUCCACCUCUUUCCGCGCCGGCUCGAUCGUAGGUCCAGGACCAAUGUCGCCUGGACCAUUCAGUCCCGAGGGUGACACAGCCCCUGAUAUCUAUAGAAAACAUGUGGCUAGAAUCGAAGAGCUGGAGAAGGAGAACAAGCGACUCGCAAAGGAUGCAACCGACUCGGAGAAGAGGUGGAAGAAGGCAGAGGAAGAAUUGGCUGAUUUGCGCGAGUCUGACGGCAAAGAAAGCAAAGAUGGUCAAACGGAGAAGCUGAAGGAGGAGAUUGCGUCUCUACAGCGCCAAAACUCUCAACUACAACAGCAAGUGUCUCGCACCUCUGGUCACGCACAUCGACAAUCAGUGUCAAUAAACUCUCCCCCUCCGUCACUCCAAGCUGAGCUGGACGCCAAAUCAGCCACAAUUGAGUCCAUGGAAAUCGAACUAUCAAAGCUCAAGGCUCGUGUCGAACGCCAAGAGAGCGGGGCGUCGUCAGAAAAAGAGCAGAUCACCGCGCUGGAAGACAAGCUUGCCCGCGCCGAAGCCGCAGCUGGCAAGGCUCAGCGUGAGUUGCAAGACUUGAAGAAGAACCUCGAGCGGACCACCGAGAAGGCUGUCCGCGAAGGCAGUGAGCGAACCAGCGCUGAGACAAAGGCAAAGACGUUGGAACGCGAGCUAGAUGAAGCAAACAAGGCAAAGGAGGAACUGGAGAAGAAGGUUGAGGCGCUUGAUAAGAAGGUCACAACAUUGACUACGCUGCAUAAAGAGCAAGACGCACGAUCACAAACUCUAAGGAAAGACAAGGAGAAGGCAGAAAGCGAGGCUCAGGAGCUGCGGUCCAAGGUUGAAAAGCUAGAGAGCGAAAACGCCAAGCUUGCAAGCCGCAAGUCAACAGAGGGCGGUGGCGGCCUUGAUGAUGAAGGCGUUGAUGAGCUCGAGGACGAGGGCAGGCUCAAGCUCGAGAAGAAAAUUCGCAGCCUCGAAGCUGAGAUCCACGAGCUUCGCAGCGGUGCCUGGAUCGAGAGACGGCGCGAGAUGGAAGCCACCAGUCCAGGGUUCGACGAUGUAGACCUCUCGGGCAACAACUACCCUCCUGCACACAAGAAGGGAUCAACAGGUGGCAUUGGCGAUUUUAUUGCACAUGGCCUGAAUGCUCUGGCUGGAGGAGGUGAUGACGAACUGCUGGCUGAUGACGAUGUGGAAUUCGACGAAGAGGCUUUCAGAAAGGCGCACGAGGAAGAGGCCAAGAGGCGGAUAGAGAGAAUCAAGGAGAUUAAGCGGUCACUGAAGCACUGGGAAGGAUGGAGGCUGGACGUUGUGGAUGUGCGGAGAGGUGGAGGGCAGGGAAUUGGAGAUAUAUUUGACAUUUAG